AUGUCGAGCAACCAGGCGCAGAUGAAUGCUGUGUUGAGGAAAUCGCUUAUUGGGGAACAUCUUAACACCCAAUUUUACCUGUUUUCCACUCGUUCAAAGCGUGAGGGCAAUAUUACCAAACUUCAACCACUGUUUGCCGACGACGAAGUCCUUGUCGCGAGUUCAGAGUAUUUUAGUGGCCUACUUUCCGAAGAAUCGCCAAAUGAUCCCAACUUGGUCGAAUUCCAAGAUCACCAUCGUCAAGGAGGGGUUUCCCUCGAUGAAUAUGACUAUGCGUCUGAUAGUGACCUCGACGAAGAAGAAGGGAAGGAGGAAACCAACGGAUUCGUACAAGACAAUGAAAAGUCUGAACUUCGCGUGAAAGUCUCUGCGGAACAAAUACCUCAAACUCCAUCGAUCAAGGAUUUCAACACCCAAGAGGUGCAACAUGACACUAUUUCGAGCCGCAGAGUAUUGGUAAUGGAUACUGCAUUCAAGACGUGGCAGGCUUUGUUAUACUAUCUGUAUACCAAUGAGAUCAUUUUCGCACCUUUGCGAUCACAAGCAAGUCCGACGAAACAUUCAAGCCUUAAGGAGCCUCCACCAUGCUCGCCAAAGUCCAUGUAUCGCCUGGCAUGUAAAAUAAAGCAUGUUGGAUUGCAGACCAAAGCGCUUGCUGCGAUACGAUCUAGUCUGACUGAACACAAUGUCCUACAGGAACUCUCUUCGUCUCUGACAUCCAGGUUUCCUGCCAUUCUUGAGGUGGAAGUCGAUAUUUUGUUCCAGCAUAUUGCUACUCCCACGGUCACAAAAGACUUUCCGAUACUCAUUCAAAGGAUCGUCGGCGCUGGCAGUACCGGGUUUCCUCAUGGGGCUGAAAUCUUGACCAAACUCCAUGAAAAAAUGUUAAACCAACUAGUACUUCCCCGGGGGCGGAAAACCAAGCAUAGCAUGUUUUAA